AUGGGCGGUCCUCAUUCCCCCGGGGUCUGGCUCCCCUGGGGUCUGGCUCACCCGGGGUCUGGCUCACCCCCGGGGUCUGGCUCCCCUGGGGUCUGGCUCACCCGGGGUCUGGGUCUCCUGGGGUCUGGCUCCCCGGGGUCUGGCUCCCCUGGGGUCUGGCUCCCCCGGGUCUGGCUCCCCUGGGGUCUGGGUCCCCUGGGGUCUGGGUCUCCUGGGGUCUGGCUCCCCUGGGGUCUGGCUCCCCUGGGGUCUGGCUCCCCGGGGUAUGGCUCCCCCGGGGUAUGGCUCCCCUGGGGUCUGGCUCACCCGGGGUCUGGGUCUCCUGGGGUCUGGCUCCCCCGGGGUCUGGCUCCCCUGGGGUCUGGGUCUCCUGGGGUCUGGCUCCCCUGGGGUCUGGCUCCCCCGGGGUCUGGCUCCGCCGGGGUCUGGUUCCCCUGGGGUCUGGCUCCCCUGGGGUCUGGCUCCCCCGAUGUCUGGCUCUCCUGGGGUCUGGCUCUCCUGGGGUCUGGCUCACCCGGGGUCUGGCUCACCCGGGGUCUGGCUCCCCCGGGGUAUGGCUCCCCUGGGGUAUGGCUCCGCUGGGGUCUGGCUCCCCUGGGGUCUGGCUCCCCUAGGGUCUGGUUCCCCUGGGGUCUGGCUCCCCCGGGGUCUGGGUCUCCUGGGGUCUGGCUCCCCUGGGGUCUGGCUCCCCUGGGGUCUGGCUCCCCUGGGGUCUGGCUCCCCCGGGGGUCUGGCUCCCCUGGGGUCUGGCUCCCCCGGGGUCUGGCUCCCCUGGGGUCUGGCUCCCCGGGGUCUGGCUCGUCCGGGUUGCACUGGCUCGUGCUCCACUUCUGCCUGUCUGUAUGCAUUAUUGUAUUAGUAUUAGCACCAGUAUUAGCAAUGACAUUAGUACCAGUGGUAACAUUAAUGAAGGCAUACGUAUUGCUAAGUUUAGUCCUACUGUAUAGUCAAGUAACAACAUCAGCUUUAUCGAGGUCUCUGAAACUCUUUAGUAGCUAUUUCAUUGUAACUUUAAUGAGUCUUCUCAAAAGAUGA